GUGGGUAGCGUCGACUGCUGUAAACGUCUGUCUGUACAACCUAUAUUUCUGUCCGCCGUCAGUAACUCAGAACAGUACAGCCUCAGUCUGGCAUAGUGCUUUAUUCAAUGACGUGACUGACGUACAUUUUUGUAAUAUAAAAUAAACGUAAAUUUUAUUAAAUUAUGAGAAUGGAUCGUUUGCUAGUGCGUGUGAACUUUAAAUAUAUAACUAGUGUGUUCCUUUUGGUGUUUGCAGUCAGCCAGUCUACCAAUGCUUGGAACCUAGAAUAUGUUCUGGACAGUGGAAGCUCGAGUCCGUUCCGCUAUGACGUAGAGACUUUAGACCAUAGUCUUCGUCAGCGUAGAGAUGUGAUUCCGCCACCCACACUGUCACCAACAGCUUCUUCACCCAACUUGACACAAACGCAACCUGCUCCCGUGCCGUCUGAUCCCGCGCCAACAGCCAGCAACACAACAUCAUCAAAUGCUACACCGGGAUCCAACAAAACUGCCAACGCUACUGAGGGUGCAGCUCCAACUACCGCAACCUCAGUGACACACACUCCAUUGCUGGGCGUUAACGGUUCGGGAAUACUACAUGUAAACCUCACAGCUAAUUUGCCCAUCAACCUAACGGAUACGAUGCCCAAAGUCAGCGAUCCGAUCGUGCCGGAUGACAAUUUCACUGAUGUUUUCAAAGAAACACCGGAAAGGAUCAUGUCGGAGCAGAACCUUUCUAACUUGACCUACGACCACCACAACUUCUACAAUAGUACGUUCAUCGGGAACCUGACCUUCUUUAAGGAUUACUGGGCGAACAUCACUAUUGAAAAGGCAGAGGUUCACCAAGUGCUCAGCAAUUCACACAGGAGAGCCACUUCGAUACAACUGAGCUUCGAUUUUCCAUUCUACGGUCAUAACAUCCGCAACGUGACUGUGGCGACCGGGGGGUUCAUCUACACGGGCGAGCAUGUCCACAACUGGUUGGCAGCCACGCAGUACAUCGCCCCGUUGAUGGGUAACUUCGACACCACGCUCACCAACGACAGUAAAAUUAAGCUAUACGAUGAUGGUGAAAAGUUCUCAGCGUUCUGGGAGAAUGUCACUCUGCAAGAGGACACGACGAAGAAGUUCACAUUCGCUGUAACUCUGUACAAGAACGGUGACAUCAUAUUCGCGUACAAAGACAUUCCGAUAGACGUGCAAGAAAUCAACGACACUGAACACCCUGUCAAAGUCGGUAUCAGUGAUGCUUACCUCACUGAUAAAAUUGUUUUCUAUAUCCGCCGCAAGACUAUCUACGAGUACCACCGCGUGUCUUUCAAGGACCAUAUGAUCACGAACAACACUGUCCUCAAGAUGACAGCCCUGCCCACUUGCCUGCAGUACGACACUUGUGACUCUUGUCUCAACCACAACACUGGCUUCAACUGCACAUGGUGCCCGCAGAUCCAAAAGUGUUCGAGUGGAACCGACAGAAACAAGCAAGAUUGGUUGUUGAGAAAAUGUGAGAAGACUACAAUAGUAAACGCGACGGCUUGCGCGGCGACUCGUAUCGACGCUCCCACUGAUGCGAGCGGGGUGCCGGCGACCGGCAACACGGCGUACACUACCGACCAGCAAAACACCCGACACGACACCGUCUUUAAUACCACCCUCGAAGCAAACGCACCGAAAUCGAAUGCUGGACGAACCGGACAGGCUGCGCAAGCUUCCCCCACGGUCGAAGCGCACUCGUCGCUAGGUGGAGCGGUCGCCGCCUUCAUCUCCAUCACGCUGAUCUGCGCGGCAGUCUCGUGGAUAUUCUAUGCAUUCAAGAACCCACACACACGUAGCGGACAACUGCUAAUUAAGUACCGGCCGUCUCAAUGGAAUUGGCGUCGCGGUGAGGCGCGCUACACCGCCGCUACUAUCCACAUGUAAACAUCACGCACGCGCGACCUGCUUACUGGCACCGACAGGUUUGUUGGCAAUACGACACCAUCAAUAUACAACGUGUACUUAAAUACCAUCCACUGCAUCUACAUAGUUCGAUGUUAAAUGUACACGAAUCGUAGUAUUACUAAAAUCAUACGUAAACUGGAUUCCGUUUUGCUUAAAGGUAAGUGUAUGUAUUGUUUCUUAAAUAAUGUAAUUUUAAUAGAAGUUCUAUGUUCUCAGAUAAAUAAAAAAUACAUCUUUAUUUAUUUUAGUUACGUCUAAUAUGUAUAUUACAAGAAGUGUUGUUGUAAGUUAUUAUGGAAAGUCUAUGUAUAAAGAUUUUACUUAUAUACAUUUACAUAAUUACCAAAAUAUUACAGUCUUACUAAUAAAAAAUCUAUCAAUUCUAGCAAAAGUAGAGCACAAACUGUAGUAGAAAGAGGCACCGAUACGGUUGAAACAGCAUGAACAUACGCAUAAAAAAUGUAGAAUUAGAAAAUAUCAAAUAAGAAAUUGUAUAAUGAAACCCUUAAAACAUUCCUUUUAUAUUACUUUUUUUUUUGUUUCAGUGUAUUAAACUAUGUUCUGUUCUUAUAAUUAGGUAAAAUAAAUUAUUUUGAUAUUUUAAUACAAUAAAAUAUCCCAAAAUAAUCGUACAUUCAUUCGUUAAUUUGACACUAUAUUUAUUUAUUUAAUUUUAGAGAAGUACGGCUCGUAAGCAAAUUUACCGAUCGGUAGUUUAUUGGAAUGCGCCGAUAAGUGGUGAUCUCUUACAAAAUUCAUAGAAAAGUAUAGUUUUUGACAUUUCGAUAAAAGUAUUGAAUUUGACUAGUAGGAAACUACCAUGUUGGCUCGAGGCCGGCGCCCACUGCCGGCACGGCACUGCAUGGCACGGUAUGGCAUGCCGUGUAAUACAAAUUAAGUUAUUUUGAACCUUAUUUCAAUGAAUGAAUGCCGGCAGUGGGCGCCGGCCUUUAGUCGGUCCUAUCUACUGGCAAGUUGUGUCGCUGUUAUCUGGGUACAUGUUUGUUUUUUAUUAGUAGUCAAUCUGCAAUACAUCUAUUAAUGUUUAUUAGUAAGGCUGUAAAUAUAUAUUUAUAUUUUAAUCUAAAAACUAGCAUUAUCUCUAUGAUAUGAUAUAAAAUAUAUUUUAUUACGAAAUAUAUUUUAUAUCAUAUUAUGUAGGUACGUCCUUAUUAAGGAAAUCGAUGUGUUUUAAAUAUCAUUUCUUGUUCUAAAACCGUCCCGUCGACAUACAUUGUCAUAUCUAAAUAAAAAUAUUAUGUAUAUUUAUACAUUUGUUACAAAUUAUUAUCAUUGUACACAUUUUGAGGCAACUAUAAAUACUAAUGUGUCUUUUAGAAAGUUGUAUUGUUGACUUAAUAUAUCUAAUAUUUGUAUUUACAACACGACCAACAAUGAGAUUAUUAUUAUACAUGAAGAAAAGCCAAUGUCCCGGUGUUAUGCAGUGUCGAUUGUUAACUGGCGGGUAUCUGAUUCAUUGAAAACCUUAGAUCACACCUCUCUAACGGUUAUCAAUUACCUAUCUACCGGUAGAUUUACUUACUAGACCAUUUGUGUCAUAAAAUAUCAAACUUGCGUCACUAGUAAGCAAUUAUUAAAAACGGACCCGCAAUUGGACGUAUUGCGCGGACGUUACGCACCGUAAACAUUGUGCUUAAGCUGAGAGAAGUAACAUAGUAUUAAAGUUCCACAGUUAUGAACACUAUUAAUAUUAUUUUCUAAAUAACCACUUUUAGCUUUAAAAUGAAAUUGUUUUAAGUUUAUUUCAAUUGUAGGUUGAAGCAUGUUUGCUAUCUAUGUGCAACUAUCUAUGACAAUCAUGGUCAAAUACUCAAACGUCACUCAAUUUUGAGACGCUCUCAAAAAUAGUUCUAUGACUACAAAAUCUUUAUAAAAUAAAAGAGAUAGCACGAUAUUUAAGUACAACUUAAAAUUGAGUAGUGUUUCAGUAUUCAAGUCGACACUGUGUAAUAUGAGUAGCUUUAUCACGUUGGCGUAAAAUUAUGAAUAUCCAUUUGAAGAUCUUGUUAGAUAUGAGAUAGUUAUUGUUUAUAUUUAUUCCAUAACUUAAGUUAAUUUUUUUUUUAUAUUGUUUUACCAAUAUAGUGAAAAAGGAAUCGAAAAAGUAAAGAUGAUUUAUGUAUUUGUAUAGAGCCUACAUUCUGAUGGUUUCAGUUAGCAUGUGACGCCGUGAUAAUAUUAAUUGCAAAAAUAACUUAUAGAACAAAUUAUAAUAAAGUAAUUUAUUUAAUGAACAAGUUUUGCAAUGGCUGAAAUAGUCUUUGUAUUUAAUCUGCCUACAUUAUAUUUUAUUUUCUUUUUUUUUUGCUUAAAGACAACAAGCCACGAGAGUGAAAGAAGUUGUAAUAUAUUUGAAAACAUAAGGGGACCGGCCCUGACCCGCAUGCAUGGGGUGUUUGUCCACUAGCGGGAAGAGUAGUGGUGGACAAGGGGAUCGAAUGGCUGAGGAUACAAGCCCCGCAAGUCUGAACUCCUGAAGGCUGCUUACUCUGGCUUCUAAGUUCUGGAUUCGCUGCCUGUCUGUAGUGGCCUUUUUAUCCAUCCAUUUUAGCAAGUUUCGAGCACCUUCUCGAUAUUACGUUGAACACUACUCACGAGUGUUAUAAGCGUGCUCAUGUCAGGACCCUUCUGGGUCUAAGGGGCGGUGGGAAUGUAGCUCAUCUUCUGACUUUUCGUGAAUUUCUGUAAUGUAGUUUCCUGUGCUUUCUUGCGUACUUUUGAGACCUGACCUCUUCUCCAUCCACAAGCACUAGUUCUUGCCAUCUCUUGACUCUCGGUUACUCCCUGUUUCAAGAUUUGCCCUCUGGGUCUUGGCUUUAAUACUUUCAUGGCCGACCCUUAUAGCUCAUCUUCAUCUUGUUCUUCGUACUCUAUUUCUACGGCUUGUUGCCGGUGAGUUUACUUCUUAUAUUAAUUGUAAUCCAUAUCUUAUAAUAAUUAAAAUAAAUAACCAUUUUGUUCUAUAAGUUAAUUUGAACAUUACACAUAAAAGAAGUCCGUUUAUAUGAAUCUAUGUGCCUUUAAACAGAGUUCCGUAAGUAUCGAAGGAUCCGUCCUGAGUUAGUUUUAGUGUGAUUGGAUUGUAAUUGUGACAAAUCGUAGAAAUGUCGCACCAUAUGAUUUAUAUUAUGCCGACGAUAGAAUAAUACCUCUCGGUGCGUGUAGUACAUCGCCUACAUAGAGUUUAAUUUGUAUCCCUACUUAAAUAUGAAUAUUUAUACCAAUGGUGUCGUGUUAUUAUCUUUAUUAAGAAUUUUCUACGAUUUGCAACAACGGUUAUCUACGAUAGUAAUAGUCUAUCUAUGAUAGUAGAAUGUAUUUUGUCGAGCUCAUAAUCGCUACAAAUGUCAAUUCUUUAAAAAAUGAUAUAUUUUCUUGUCGUUUCUCUUUUGUAUGCUUCUACUCGUAUUUAAGUCGCGAUCUCUACGGGCACACGUACCGUGUUCACAGCCGAGAUUAUAAGUCAGAGGUGUUUGGUUAAAUGAAGUUUCAACUUAAUUUAGUAAAUUAAUGUAUAUUGAUUUGAUUUUUUGUAAAAUAAAUCUAGCCGACGGCUUUUUUACUUAUUAGGCUUAAUAUAAUUAAUAAAAAAUGCUGUUCUGCGAUUGCAAUUCGUUUUUACCGAACACCUUUUGCUUAGCAGUUACAUACAUACAUAUCAAGUAGAUUACUAUCACCUGCCAGAUGUUGACGCGACUCUAGCUAAAUGUACAAAACUUAAGAAUAUCUUAUCCAAUUUGCAAUGUCAUUUUAUUAGAAGGUUUUGAUUUUUUGUUGUGUGGGUAUUAGUAAUGGUGCUUUUUCCCUUAUUUUCUUUUCAAAAAUAUAAUCUAUGUAAGUAUUAGGUAAUGCAUGCGCCUUGCAAUAAAUAUAAUUGAUUUGCACAUGAAUUUAGUGAUAUUAAUAAAAAAAAUAGGGAUGAGGACUGGGUAAGUGGGUACGAAAAGUAAACCAUCUACAUGAACCAUCACUUGGUUAGGUUAAUGUCAAACGCAAGUAUUUUUUUAUUAUAGUCGACACAAUCUAAGCGGUCAACACUGUCGUUUGUCAGUCUGUGUACCAUUAUAGAACAUGUUAUGUACGUCCUGGAACGUCAAUGUAAAAUAUGAAAAAUUUGAAUUCAUUAUUUCGUUACUCAUACACUUUCAUAAAGAAUAUCAUUUAUUACCAUCAAAUUUAUCUUUACAUUAUAGAAAUCCAUAUAAACAGAACGACUUAUUGUGAUAAUAUUAUAUUCUAAAAGGCAGCUAUUACAAUUACCGUAGUUAUAUUAACUGAUCGUAAUUAAUAAACUUAAAAUCCAUUAUCUUAAUGGAUUUUGUAUACUUAUUAAAUAUUUAAUAUAAAUAUCAAAAUCUGCUCAUUUAUUUUUUUAACAUAAGUAUCUUUGUGGAUAAUGGUAUGAAUCUUUGAAAAUCCUUUUUGUCUAUUUCAUUCACUCUUACUUCUCUUUGGUAUAGACCAAAAUGUCAAAGUUGUAAUUGGUAACGUCAAAAACACGUGCUUUUGUUGUGAUACUGAAUGUUGUCAAUUUGUCAAUGCUCUAACUAUGCAGUCUGAUGCAAUUUGGGAAGUUCUUGAAAUAUUAUUAUAUUUUCUAAUCCAAUGAUUACAAACUAAGUGUUUUUACUCGAUAUGCAACAGAUUUUAUUUACCUCUCUCUACAUGGCAACUGCCAGAGUUGGCCUAUUAGAUUGUGACGACUGAUUUACGUAUAAAAGAAAAUACUCAAAUAAAAUGUUUUCGUUAUCAUCCCUCUUUAGUGUGUCAUACGUUUAUCAAAAUAAAUACUGAGAAAAAGUUCCACCAAAUCUCAUUAAUAUGUUUUAUUAUACCUAGUACCUAUUGAUAUUUUAUCACAAAAUCAAGAAUUAUAUUUUUACAUUGUAUCUUUGCUUUAUUGGCGAUUUACUUAAUUUAAUUUUUGUUAUUUGGCAUCUAAGUUUAAAUUGUAAAUCAAAUUCUUGAAACUGUAUUGUGUUAUCAUGUGAGUUUUGGAUUCUUAUUCAAAAUAUGUAUUAUUAUACUACUUAUGUACAUUUACUUUAAUAUGUCGGGUGAAGGGUAAAAGAAUAAAAACAUUUUUAUAAAAGACAGCGGACACCACGCGUAAAUUUUUGUAGUUUUACACAUUUAUAUUAUAAACAUAAACAAAAAAUGUAACAUUUAUUGCCAUUAAAUGGCCGUAGUGUAAGGCAAUGUAGUCUUUAAUAAUUGUAUAAUUGAAACAUUUCUCUUACGGAACUCGUCGCGUACGACAUCGAUUUGAAGCCGUACGUCGUUUGGUGUUAUUAGUGUUAUAAAAUAGUGAUAUUAUUAUGUAAAAUAUAUUAACGUAUGUUACUCUACUUUGGGAGUUUUUUUUUCUCACUUAAUUUUUUUUCGUAAAUUCUGUAGGUACACCAAAGAACUUGAACCGCGUUCGAUAAGUCUGUAGUGUCGCUCAAUCAUCAAUCGAUUAGAUGUUAAUGUUAACAUGGAAUUAUUGUAAAUUAUAAUUUUAAGAUACUA